CGAACAGCAGUCGAACGCCGUUCUCAAUGCUGAUUGCGCGCGCGCGUCCUACGUCGCCGGCAGACCAGUCAAUGUGCCUGAAAAAAUAACAACAAAAUAUUAGUCGUGUAAUUUAUUUUUAGUGUGUGCGAACUCGUUUCUUUUUUUUAGUAGAUUUACACAAACGAUCCACUGCUUCCUCGUGUCAUGUAAGAAUUUUUGGUACACAAAUUUAUUGGUUUUUAAGAGAAAAAUAACAUAUUUUUUUGAUCCGAGUGCGCGUGUGCCAUAGUAGUGUUCGCAAGAAACUCGUACGUGACGAGGCUGCCAUUUGAAUUUGGUUUAUAAUUUAUUUCUUAAAAUAUGGAUUAUGUUGUUGGCUUAUUUCAAUCAUAUUGAAGGUCUCAGUUAAAGACGACGCGUUUGAAAAAGUCUGAAAAAUCAAGGGUUACAACAAAGACGAUGUCCUUGCAGAUAAUGCCCGUGACUGAAGACACGCCUCCCGACAUGUUGGCUGGAGCAAUGGAUCUGAACGUGAUUCUGCCUAACGGUUCUAUCAUGAAGAUGAGUGUCGAGAGAAGUACUCCUAUGAUGGAUUUGCUCGUACAAAUCACCACUGCUCACAAAUUGUCACCUGGAAGUCAUGCACUACAUGCCAUUGGAGACAUCGGAAUCCUUCCAUACAAACCAAGUACACCCAUUGGUGCAUUAGACACUUGGACUGUUCAUAUCGUUCCGAAGAACGUUAGCAAAAACGGUCGUUACCAAUCAGUCAUAAAAAGUAUACCCAAACCAUUUGAACAGACUUUUCGCCUACAGGUUCACCUGCCUAGAAAUCAGCUAUAUGUAGCCCGGAUAAGUCCAAAAACUCAGUUAUCCACUAUUCUAAAACAAGUGUGCUCUGAAAAAAACUUGGACUCUGCCAAGUACACAUUAAGAAAACCAGAUAAAUUGAAUGAAUCUUUGGAAUUGACGAAAACUCUAGAAGAAUACAAGCUACAGCAAUUAACUUUAGUGUUAAACACUAACCGCACCCUUAUUGGUAGUUUAUCCUCUGACGACAUCAUGUCUCGGGCGCCAAAAAAGUUUUCGUGCGAUGACAGCUUAAGUAGUGGUAGUCUAGGAGAGAGAAGUUUGAGCCCUACGAGAUCAGAUGGAUCAUCAGACACACCUCGUAGUAGGUCUCUUAUGAUUAAGGUAUUGCCGUCGAGGCCUGUGCGAAAAAGAAGGUUGGCGCCAAAACCACCAGCUUAUCAUCGCUAUUCAGUCCCUGAACAGACUUUGAUAUCUCAUUCGCGUAACAGUUCUGACAGUAGUGGUUAUCAUGAAUCUUCUGUACUCAGUGACGUGGUUGACAGCAACGUUAAUCUAAUGAACAAAACAUCUAACCCAAACUUGUCGCGUUCAAUGACUAAUCUGCAAGCUUGCGGACAGAAUCAAAACCAGCUCUCUGCUAUGCCUUUUAGUUCAAAUGGCAUUGGUCAAUCUAAACAUUCAGCCUCUACUACAUCUCUGGUGUCCAUGCUAGGUCGUAAAAAGAAAGCAGCACCUCUUCCUCCGCCGCUAUCAACUGUCAAACCUAAGCUAGAACCACCACCUGAAGAACCAGAGGAUCGUGAACAGGAAACCCCGAGAAAAUCGCAAACGCUUCCAGUCACUUCCACGGUAACGACUGUCGAGUCGCAACUACAAUUUUCAGAAAAAUCUAAAACUGUAUCCAGAAUAGAGCUGAACAAUAAUGUAGUUGAACCCAACCUAUCCCCAACAUCAUCCUCGUUAUCAUCACUUAGUCGAUCCGAUUUAGAUAGAGAUGCUGAACCCACUUCCCCUGCAUACCUGGUAGACUCUAGUAGAUUCGCUCUACCGAAAAUGGGACCGAGAACAAAAAGGCCGGCGCCUAGGCCGCCUGUACGUUCUUCGUCACUGGAUAUCCAAUCGGACGAUACAUCCGAAAAACAGCUCACGAGCGACCCACUCCUCUCAGUGUCGCCUCUACGGUUACCUUCAGGUUGUUCAACGGGUGAUGAAGAUGAACUUCGUAUGGACGAUGAUGAGAUCGAUAGAAUAUUUGGAGAUGCAACUAAUGGGUACGACAGUCCGACCACAUUAACGGGAGCCAGUAAAGGAAGUGAUGAUAUCGAAUGGGAGUAUAAACUCCCAGACCCACCAACAGCCUUUAGAGACAACCAUCGUCUAUCACCCGUUGUUACUACAUUUGGUGACGACGUCACCCUUUGUGAUUUGUCCACACAUACCUUGCCUGAAGACCAGUCCUUGGGUACUCCAGUCGUUAACAUAGAUGAUGACGAAAAAGAUGUGAAAGAAGACAGUAUCAGGCCAGAAACUUCCAUCAAAACUAUUGUGAGGGUUGGUGAUGAUGACUACGCACAUUCAUGUUUUCUUCAAGAUUCAGGCGUAGGUUCAGAUGACUCGUCGUUGCCGUCUAGCUGUGAAGAAAAAACUAUACACCCGGAUGAAAAAGUCUUAGUAACAGUAAAAACCGAACCAGUUGCCAAAAAAAAACUCAACAACUUCAAAAUCACCGCGUACGAUGAAAAUUGCUGUAGACCCACUGAGAUAUUUUGCGAUGAUUCUGUGAAAACUUGGAAGACAACGCAAAAAGCAAGAGAAGCCAAUCCAGCUUACAAAGCUACUUUAGUAAAUAGACGCAAUUCACUUAACUCCACAGAUAUACGCAGCCAUCAGACUUCUGGUGGUUUAGUCAAGAGAAGCACGUCUCAUAUUAGUCUGUUGAGUGGAAACUUAAAACCAUCUAAUCGGCUAGCCAAACACUGGACUUACUCUACGGAACGACUGGACUAUGACGACGAGCCACUGACCCGUAGAUCGUUCAGCGUAGCCGACAUAACGGAAGAUGUGAGAGAAAACGGGCAAGAUGAAAUUCAAAUGAAAAAACCUCUAAUUGAACCAGCAUUAGAACAAACUUCCCCUCUGCAUUCAUUGCAGAUCUUGAAAACCAUUUUACCCCAAUUAAAUGAAUACAAACCUGAAAAAUGUGAAAGUAAAAUUAACUAUUAUAAUUUAAGACUAUCAAAUGCAACACAGGCAAAUGCUAUAUUACUCGACGAAAAUGAAAAAAAAUUGACUGAAAAUUGCCAAAAAUUAGAAAAAGAAAAGAUGGGUUCUAGUCAAAUACAGCCAAAGACAUUGGAAUCUUCUGAGAAAUCCGAGUUAAAAGCAGUAGACAAUAAUAUCCCAUCUCAAGAAACAAUUGUAGAUAUGUUAAUACCUCCAGUGAUACCAGUUAAUCAGGAAGAAGAACCUUACAAGCCAAAAUUAAUCAAAUAUUCGUAUGCCGGUCCCCCUAAGAUCAAUUUGUCAACGUGGAACGAACGUCCUAAAAGACAAGUUAGUAUCAAGGUAGAUCGAGAUUAUGUGAUCGGUGGUCUCCGGCAAAAGUUCCAAAAAACUGAAAACAAUCAAGAUCUACCAAAAGUAUCGACAACCUUGAUUAAAGAAGCUGAUAAAAAGCCUAAUGUUGUCUUAUCAUCUACAAGCGAUCCUUCCGACUCCUCAAUUGUCUCCAGAGUGCCUGUGGUUAAAUCAGUGGAGCUUAAAAAACCAUACGCCGAACAACUACAUAUAACACCAGCACUUGUGUUAUCUGAAGUUAUCAGAGCUCAGGCUAAACUCAGCAAUGGUUAUUGCGGCAAUGGCAUUGAUUAUACCACGAAUCAAAAAUCCAAUGCUCCAAUCGUCACUAAAGAUACAAAAUUCACGACAUUCGGAGAACUCAAAUCAUCAAAGAACUUUGUACGUUCCACUCUCAAGAAACCUCAACCGUUGCUCAAAAAUAGUUUGAUUUCAAAUACAAGUAAAGAUUCCAGACAAAACCUGCUAGAUGCCAUAAGAACAUUUGGUGGUCGUGAUAACCUUAGAAAGAUAAGGGCCUAACCAAUUGUUUUUCUCUUAAUUAAUUGGAUAUCAUUGUGAUUAUUAUUAUUAUUUUGAUUAUUUAAUCAUAUAAUUAAUAUAAUAGAUAUAAUAUAAUAGAUUAAUUAUCUUUUAUCUACAUCGAGCUUGGUAUUAUUAACAAUCAAAAUUCUAAAAACCAACUGGUAAAUAGUUUAUUAAGAAAUAAAUUUAACUUAUUGUAAAUAUAUAAAUAUAUAAUAUGCAAAGAAAAUAAGGUCUAUUCUUGAGUUAACUUUUCCGUACAAGUUAAAAAACAGUAAUUGAAACUUUACUUGACAGUGAAUACUAGCCUUUACAAAUAUUAGUUAUAAAAGUAAUUUUGAUUAAUCGUUAUUUUUUGUAAAAACUUGAUUAAAGUAGUGUAAAUCAUUAAACUCCAUAUUAGUUGUAGAGUUUUUUAAUGCAAUAUUAAACAAAAUUGAUAUAAUCUGGACAAAAAAACUUUUGUGACAUCUUGUUUUUGUUUAUUAUUACACUAUUUUUUAAUUAUUUGCUCAAUGUUUCUAUUAAGCGUUUUAAAUAUUGUCAUUAUGUUUAUAAGAUGUUAUGCAUAGUUAUUAAAUUUGUUAACCAAAUAUUAUUUCACCUUAUGUAUUUUAGUAAUAUUAUCAAUAUAAAACACAUUUUUUUAAUAGAAACUUUUUAAAUUAUUAAUUAAAUAUUGUGAAUGUCUAUUAUGACUUCUUCUUAAGUUAUUCAUUAUAGUUAUUUAUACAUCUUUAUCAUAUUUUAAUUAUUUUGGUAUAAUUCAUAUGGAAAAACAAAAAUAGAACUUUUUACAAUAUUAUUUCUAUAACAACAUACUGAUUCAACACUAACUAUUAUCAGCAUAUAAUUUAUUGUGAGAAAAAAUUAAACUAAUAGUCUAAUAUAUAUUAAUGUGAAUAUUUUUAUUAUUUUAUGUUUAUUGUUAGUGUUAUGUAAAUAAACAUAAUAAAUACUGUUAUUUAAAAUAGUUUGUAAAAAA